GCAUGCGUGUUGACGCGUGAGGGAGACAGUUUGUGUGCGCGGCCGCUGCUGAUCAAGCUUGGCUGCCUCGCGCUGGGGCCUUUGGGAGGCUGUCCUCCCUCCCCGGCCCUCCCGGAACUCCCACCUUCCCGGCAUCCCCCGAUUCAGGGCCCCCCGUUUCCCCUGCCCCCGAAGCCGCAGGUGCCAUGGUGGGCUCCCACCUGGACAUGGCCCCAGCUCCACCCACCGAGGGACCUGGGGAGCAGGCGGCGCCCCCUGCCGGCCCACCGCCGGCACAGUAUGAGUGUGGGGAGUGCGGUAAGUCCUUCAAGUGGUCAUCCCGCCUGCUCCACCAUCAGCGGACGCACACGGGGGAGCGGCCUUACAAGUGCCCGGACUGCCCCAAGGCCUUCAAGGGCUCCUCGGCCCUGCUGUACCACCAGCGCGGCCACACGGGAGAGCGGCCCUACCCCUGCCCGGACUGCGGCAAGGCCUUCAAGCGCUCAUCCCUGCUGCAGAUUCACCGCAGCGUGCACACGGGCCUGCGCGCCUUCACCUGCGCCCAGUGUGGCCUGGCUUUCAAGUGGUCCUCCCACUACCAGUACCACCUGCGCCAGCACACGGGGGAGCGGCCCUACCCGUGCCCAGACUGCCCUAAGGCCUUCAAGAACUCAUCCAGCCUCCGCAGACACCGCCACGUGCACACGGGUGAGCGGCCGUACCCCUGUGGUGUCUGCGGCAAGAGCUUCACCCAGAGCACCAACCUGCGGCAGCACCAGCGGGUGCACACGGGAGAGCGGCCCUUCCGCUGCCCCGCCUGCCCCAAGACCUUCACGCACUCCUCCAACCUGCUCCUCCACCAGCGGACACAUGGGCCGGCGGUGGCCUCGGCCUGCACGCACCGCUGUGAGCCCUGUGGCAAGGUCUUCGCCUCGGAUGCCUACCUUCAGCGCCAUCUGCAGACUCACGCUGCCGAGGCCCCUCCUCCGCCUCUGCCUCCACCCCCCCCUCCCCCUGUGGUCCCGGAGCUCUUCCUGGCUGCCGCGGAGACCACGGUGGAGCUGGUCUACCGCUGUGGGGGCUGCGAGCUGGCCUUUGCCAGCGAGACCCUGCUCCUGGAGCACCAGCCCUGCCCGGAGCCCGGGACGGAGGCGACCGCUGCCCGGCCCGCAACCUUCACCUGCUCGCCCUGUGGCAAAGCCUUUAAGACCUCGGCUGGCCUGUCCCGCCACCAGCAGAGUCACGGGCCGGCUGGGGCGCCGGCCUACCGCUGUGGCGGCUGUGACAGGGCCUUCCCCCAGCUGGCCAGCCUCCUGGCCCACCAGCGGGCUCAUGCCGAAGAGGCGGCGGCCGGGCGCCCACUGCCGCAGGCCGAGGCGGCCGAGGUCACCUGUCCCCAGGAGGCUGCAGCGCCGGCGCCCGCCGGCGACCGGCCCUACAAGUGUGCCGAGUGCGGCAAGGCCUUCAAGGGCUCCUCGGGCCUGCGCUAUCAUAUGCGCGACCACACCGGGGAGCGGCCCUAUCCCUGUGGGGAGUGUGGCAAAGCCUUCAAGCGCUCCUCGCUGCUGGCCAUCCAUCAGCGCGUGCACACGGGCCUGCGCGCCUUCACCUGCGCCCAAUGCGGCCUGACGUUCAAGUGGUCCUCCCACUACCAGUACCACUUGCGCCUGCACUCGGGGGAGCGGCCCUACCCCUGUGGGGAAUGCGGCAAGGCCUUCCGCAACACGUCGUGCCUGCGGCGCCACCGCCACGUGCACACGGGCGAGCGGCCUCACUCCUGCGGUGUCUGCGGCAAGAGCUUCGCGCAGACCUCCAACCUGCGGCAGCACCAGCGGGUGCACACGGGUGAGCGGCCCUUCCGUUGCCCGCUGUGCCCCAAGACCUUCACGCACUCCUCCAACCUGCUCCUCCACCAGCGGACGCACUCGGCCGAGAGGCCCUUCGCCUGCACGGUCUGCGGCCGCGGCUUCGUCAUGGCCGCCUACCUCCAGCGCCACCUGCGGACACACGCCCCAGCCCCAGCUCUCGCCCCGGCCCCGGCCCCAGCCGCAGCCACCACCACCCAGGAUGUCCACGUGGUACCCCACCUUCAGGCUACGCUGUCGCUAGAGGCCGGGCCCAGCCCGGCCAACUCACAGACCUUCCUCCUCGUCCAGACAGCCCAGGGCCUCCAGCUCAUCCCCAGCAGCGUCCAGCCCCCCAGACCCACGCCCCCUCCACCCCCAGCCCCACCCAAGGUCAUCCUGCUGCCAGCCUCUGGGGCUAGGGCCCGAAAGAGCCCCAAGAAUGGCGGGAGGGAGGGCCAAGGGCCUGGGCUGGUCUGGCUCCCUGGGCCUGGGCCAGUUGGGGGACAGGGAGGUGGGGGCAGCAUUGCCGGAGGCGGGGGACAAAGCCUCAUUGUCCUACAGAGUGUGGCCAGUGGAGAGGUGGGGCCACAGGAAACAAGUGGGGUUCGGCUACAGUCUCUCAGGCCUGCGCAGGAAGUGACUGCUGUCCAACUACAGCCCGCCCAGGAGGUGACUACAGUCCAACUACAGCCCCUGCAGCCUGCACAGGAAGUGACCACGGUCCAGCUGCAGCCCCUGCAGCCCACACAGGAAGUGACCGCGGUCCAGCUGCAGCCUCUGCCUCCCACCCCGGAUGUUUCCCUGCAGCUCCAGGCAGUGGCCAGCCCCGGGGCACCCGCUGGGCCAGCAGAGGCUCAGAAUCUGCUUGUGGUGCAGGGGGGGGCAGGUGAGGAGCUACUGACAGCCCCUGGGCCUGGAGGAGAUGCUGGCUCAGGUGAUGGGGGUGGGGGCAGCACUGGCACUGUGGUCCAGGAUGUGCAUUUUGAGACAUUACAGACUGCAGAGGGCCUGCAGAGUGUCCUGGUACUGAGUGGGGCUGACGGUGAGCAGACCAGGCUUUGUGUGCAGGGGGUGGAGACCCUCCCUCCAGGGCUGGCUGAGUCCCCUGCCCCGGGCCCACAGGCUCAGAAACUUCUCAUUAUCCGCAGUGCCCCAGCAGCUCCUUCAGACCUGGUAGAGAAUGUGCCAGGAGCACCUCUCCAGCUGUUGGCCCCGCCUCCCAGCCCAGCCCCUGUGCCCCCAGGGGCUCCCGCUGGGCCUAGCCCACAGGUUGUCCAGAUGGUCCCCGGGGCAGUGGCGGGGCCCCCUGGCGGGGCUGGCCAGCCAGGGCUGCCGUCUAUUCACAUAGUCCAGGCCCUGCCCGCGGUGCAGCUGGUGCACACCUUCUGAUGGGGCUGGCCUGUCCUCCUCAGCCUCAGCUGGGGGCGCAGGUACCAGUAAAGAAGCCUCGCCCUCGUCUUCUUCAUUGGGAUCAGGCAGAGGGCUUGUGCAGCCGCACCCUCCAGGCUGGUCUUCCCAGCGUUUAUUAAUGCCCUUUUCAUAGGGUCCUGCCUGGCUACUCCCUUGCCUGGGGGUGCUGGACCUCCGUUUCCCACUCUGUAAAAUAAAGAGCUAAAUGUC